AAGGCCAGAGCGGCGCAAUACAUUUGGUAUAUCGCGCCACAGCCCACUCUCUGGUAACCGACCCCUCACUGUUUGUGUUGAAUUGAAUCCCAAACAAGUGUCAAUCUCACCGCCGUGCCUCACUCUCUGAUCUGAUCGCGGUGACAAUUCUAAGAGGAAGGAACCAAAGAGCAAUGGAUCAUUACUCUUCUCCCGGAGGAACCUGGACAAUGAUCCCAACCCCCAAUUCCAAUUCCCAAAUCCAAUCUCAAUCCAAUCAGGACCUUUAUCUUCAACAACAACAACAAUUUCUUCAUCAACAAUCUUUUCAGCAACCACAAACACCCAAUUCUCAAUUUCAACAACAGCAACUUUAUCAACAACAACAACAGCAGCAGCAGCAGCAGCUUAUUCUACAACAGCAACAACAACAACCCCAACAACAGCAGCAGCAGAAUCUUCACCAAUCACUCGCUUCUCACUUCCAUCUCUUAAAUUUGGUGGAAAAUUUGGCUGAGCUUGUUGAACAUGGAAACCCGGAUCAGCAAUCAGAUACAUUGAUUGCUGAAUUGAGCAACCAUUUUGAUAAGUGUCAGCAGCUGUUAAACUCAAUCUCUGCUUCUAUUAGCACCAAGGCCAUGACCGUUGAGGGACAGAAGAAGAAGCUAGAGGAAAGCGAGCAAUUGCUAAAUCAGCGAAGAGAUUUGAUAGCCAAUUACUCAAAAUCUGUAGAGGAGCUUGUCGGGUCUGAGCCAUAAGAGUCUGUCAUUCUUUUCAGACAGAUAAAUCAACAGGAAAUCUUGUAUCAGAGACUUAGCUAGAGAUGAGCUUAAUCAAUAAAGGAUUGCACAUCCAGAGUCCAGAGACAUCCAGAGUCCACAUUAAAUCCGAAUUGUACAUCUGCGUUUUGGUUGGAGAUGAGAUCAUGAUUUCCAAAUAUUUUAAGCAAUUAAACAAUUCAUGAUUGAUCUUUAAAUCCCCUUAAACUGGUUUCGUGUAUCCACUAAUGAGCUAUUGGAUACAAUAGAAGUGGAACAAAGUUCUUAAGUUUUGUAUAAUAGUCCUUUUUAUUAAAAUUUCAAACCACAAAAUAUGUGGAGCUCGCCGCCAUAAAAUGAGUGUACUAUAUAAUUUUUUUUUUCUUUUACUUUCAUUGAGUUUUGCUGUGUAAGUUGAACUUGCACCUUUUUCUGACCUAGUUUUUGAUCAUACGUUGCAGAUCUUGCUGAGGAAAUAUAGACUUUAAACUUCUCAGUUCUUAGAGAAUCUCUUUGGAUUUUUUUAUUUUUAUUUUUCUGUUACCUUUGACAUUUAUUAACAUUUGGCAGUACAUAUU